AUGUGCGAGCCUCAAAAGACAACAGUGGAGGAUAUCCGAGUUUACGGCUCCAACGCCCCCUCGAGCCCCCCUGAAGCAAAUCCUUCCACGCCAAACAAGCCAAGAAGGAGACCUCCAGCGACGCUGAAAAAGAUGCAGAGUGCACCUAAUUUACAUGUAAAGUUUGAUACCCCAAAUCCUUCCGUUUGGGGAAUUGUCAAAGCAGUCCAAAAAAUUCAAGUCGACGAAGAAGACAGUAUAUACUCUGAGGUUGUCAAGAAGUAUGUCGCCCCGGAAUUCAAUAUUACCAUUCCACUGACGCCGCACACUGAAACAAAGAAGAAACUAGUUGUACCACGUAGCACUGGUCGAAUGUCCGAACGACUACCAAAGAUGAAUCAAGUUCCACCGAUUUUCGACAUUCUUAUGUCUCCAAGGGAAUCUUCGGGAGGCUACUCCCAAACUAUUUCCAAGGCAGAACAGGAACGCAUCCGCGAAAUUCUUCAGCCAGCCAUGGGCGACGACGACGACAUUUCGGAAAUUACAUCGAGUAUCCGAAGCUCAAAAAAGAAAAAGAAAUCAAGCAGCAAAAAGAGAAGCUCCAGAAAACUCAAAAAGUCCAAUUCGCUACCGUCCAUUCUCGUUGAGGACGACGAGGAAUACGAUCGGUCGUUCACUGACCUCACCCUGGCCUGCUCCAAGGAAGGGGACAACAAAGCCGACAAGAAGCUCAAAAAGUCAAGCUCUGAUCGUUCCCUGACUUCCAAAAAGUCACCACGGUCACGAUCCAAGACCCUGCGAAAAUCGAGCUCUGACCGUUCCCUUACUUCCAAAAGGUCGUCACGACGCUCGUCGUCCAAAAACAAGAAGACCCGAAGGUCGAAAUCUAACGAACGUUCUUCUCCCAGUUCCAAAAGGUCAUCACGCAAGAGCCUCCAAAAGUCUAAUUCCAGUCCUUGCCUUACCAAUGACGACGACAAGAAGCUCAAAAAGUCCAGCUCGGAGCGUUCUCUUUCCAAGGGCCCUCGCAAACGAAGAACCAGAAAGCCAAGAAGCAAAUCGGUGACUAAUCUGGGCCUUGAUUCUACCUUCGACGCAGAGACAGAGGCGCUCAAGGCAGAAUUCGAAGAGACCCUUCGCCAGGCAAAAUUCAAGCUUGAAUCAGAAAACGCCGCCGAAACUGCUGAGAUGCCACCCAAACGCAGGAGUGGAGCCCACGAAGAAGAACGAAUCCGAGUCUUUGCUGAAGCUACGCGCCGCAGUCAAUCCUUGUCUCCCACCAAGUACUCACUUGGAACCAUUGAUGGAUAUCGUCGCGUCGUUUCCAACGAUCGACGAUUUAGCAAUCAAUGGAGCAAGGUGAUUGCUACUCCACCCAAGAUGGAGCGCCGAUGGUCUGCUGCUGGUCUUCGUGGUGGUCGUGCUGGCCAGCAACCUCCUGCCAUCGAGGCUCUUUGA